GUUUGUUUUCAACAUCGCUGAUGAUGCUGAUCAUGAAUUGGUGGGGCGUUGUUCGUUCUUGCUCCUUAAGCGCGAUGGGAAAGAGGAACCAGUCUUUGCAUGCGGAGGAUAUGAAGGGGAGGUGGCUGUGCGAAGUCGAUGAGGAACAACGACAACCGCAACGGCUGCUCGAGGAGGAAUACGAGGAGGAAGAGGAGGAGGUGGUGGAGGAGGAGGAGGAGGAAGAAGAGUUGGGGGAGGUGGAGGGGGUUGUCUUAACUCCCAUGGAGGCAGAACUAGAAGCAGCAUCAGCAGCGUCAUCAUCGUCAGAAGCAGCAGCAGAAGAAGAGGGCCUCAAGCAGAAGCCUUGGUUCCCUCACCAAGCUAGAAGCUCUCUCGUUUAUCGCUGCGGGGGUGACAAGAGGAGGAGAUGGGCAGUCUGCUCAUUCUCAUUCGUUGCUUUCAUCACCAAUGUCAUUGCCACAGAACCUCGCAAAUUAGCAUCAACACGACGUCGAGAGGAAGGGGGAGUGGGAGGAGGAGAGAAUGAACGGGCCUGCCGAUGUCCCAAUAUGGACAACGAAGAUAAAGGAGGGGCCGGUCUCAGCCGGCUUGGGGAAGAGGAAGACAAACUAGAGGAGACAAAUGAGGAAGACGAAGAAGAAGAGGACGAAGGAAAGGAUGAUGAAGAAGAGGUGGAAGAAGAAGAAGAAGAGGAGGAUGCAGGCAAAGAGGGAGGAGAAGGAGAUGGAGGGGGAGAGGGAGAGGAAGGCAGAGGGGAAGGGGAAGGGGAAGGGGAAGGAGGAGGGGGAGAAGAAGGGGCAAAGCAGCGGCAUGCCAUCGUCCUCGUGCGCUUGCCAUUAGAUCCAUUAUCGCCGGCGAUGCGCAGGGGCCACAUAGGGAACUUGGACAAGAGAGACAAGGAUGUGGCGAGGACGGAUGGGAGAACGGGGCGAGGCGGAGGCAAGAGCGGAUCAGACAAGGGGGGCUCAAGAGGCAAGGGUUUUGCUGGGUACAGGGGUAUGUGUAGAGCAGGAAUGCAGGGUUUGGGCGAGGUCGAGAUGGCCGACAGUCUUGGCAUUGUGGUGUUUGGCCAAGAGCUGGGUACGGAGACCACAUGCGUCAGGGAUGCAAAGUCGGCGAGUGCCUUUGGUAUCGAUGUAAAGGAGAUUGUCAUGGAGGGAGUAGUCAGGGACAGGAUUGAGGUCACGAAGCUUAUUGUAGAUGGUGGGGAAGUCUGGGCAAGAGAGAUAGCCUUGGGUGUAGCGAUGAUGAAGAGACGGGAGGAGUUGGAUAUGUGUUAUUGUGGCGUAAAUUUUGUCAGGGGGUUUGUGAUUGGAGCGUCGGGAGAGGGCAUUGGCAACACGGUUGUUUUUGCCGGGCGUAUGGCAGAUGGUGAAGGUGAUGGUGAAGGUGAACUGGGCAAGGGGGUAUUCGCCCGGUGGAGCCUCGGGGUGGGUAGGGGAUUCCUUAAUGGAGGGAGUUUCGGGGGCGUCACGAGGGAAAUGUUGGGACAGGAGGGCUCCAAUGGCGAAGUCGGAGGCGUCGGUGGUGACGUAGAAAUGGCGAGUGGGGUUGGCGAUCUUGAGGACGGGGCGGUGGUGAUGAGUUGUUUGAUGGCAUCGAAGGCAUUUUGGCGGCGGUCGUUCCAAGUGAAGGAAUUUUUGCUCUCUAAGGAUAGAGAGGACUUGGUGGAGAUGUUGAAGGUGGGACUCGAAGGUGGGGCUAUAGACGAGGAUAUCAUCGAGGUAGACGACGACACAAACUUCCAGGAGGUCGAGGAAAAUGUGAUUCAUUGUAGAUUGGAAUGUGGCGGGGGSGUUUGUGAGGCCGAAGGGCAUCACGAGGAAUUCGUAGUGCCCGAAUUGGGAACGAAAGGCGGUCUUGUGGGUCUCCUCCUCGCGGAUGCGGAUCUGGUGGAAGCCACUGCGAAGGUCGAUCUUGGUAAAAUACUUGGCUCCACGGAGUCGAUCGAGAAGCUCGGAGAUCCGAGCUUGUGCCGAAGGGGGAUGAACUCGGCUAAUGAAUCCUUUCUCAAGGAGUUCAUGGAGUUUCCGCUUCAUUUCUUCGGCUUCUGGAACAGAGAGUUGGUAUGGAGGGCAGCAAGGUGGAGAGUGACUGGGUUCCAACUCGAUGGUGUGGGAUACGCCACGAUCCGGAGGUCGGGGGCGGUGAACUCGUCCGAGGAGGUGGUGGAUGUGGUGUCCUCAGAGGCGAUGUUGUGGAAGAAGCGAGGGCGGGGAGGGGCCGAUGAUUGGGCCAUUUUGGGGGAAGAUGGAGUGGAUGCGGUGGCUGAGGCGACGACUGCGGAUGAGGUGGAGGCUGAUGUGGCGGCAGCGGCGGCGACGUCGGCGGCUGCGCCCUGAGAGUUCUUGCUUUGGCGUGGCAUGCGGAGAUUCACGAGUGGCGGGGGGGGGGGGUGGGGAGGGUAUUUACAACAUUAAUUGAUUUAUUCAAAAAUAAAGAAAGGUAUUUGCGAAAACAGUAAAUGAAUAAAAUGGGAAUUA